AUGUCUCAGCUGUCGGCUGAGGACGAGCAGCAGUUACAGACUCUGCUGAAGCAACUUCUGAGAAGCAUCAACGAGCGAAUCUCUGCAGCUCCGUCUACAGAGUGCGCCGAAGAGAUCCUGCUUCACCUGGAGGAGACCGACAAGAACUUCCACAAUUAUGAGUUUGUGAAGUACCUGCGUCAGUAUGUGGAGAGCUCGCUGGGAGCUGUGGUGGAAGAGGAGACGAAGAGCUCGACCCGAGCAGACGGACAACACGCCAUCGGCUCGGGACACGACACGCUGAUCCACGCUGUGACCCGACGGACCAGAGAGUCGGACGAAUACCAGCAGAUGAUGCAGACGCUGAAGAGCAGCAUGAUCAUGGUGGUCGAGUCUCUGAUCAACAAGUUUGAGGAGGACCAGCUGAGGAAGGAGGAGCUGCACCGAGAGCAGCAGCACAGCCAGUCCAACAGUCAGUACGCUGAUAACUGCUCAGACAGCGACUCCUCCUUCAACCAGAGUUAUGCAUUCAUCAGACAAGAGCAGCUCCAAGCUUUGGCCGAACAACUGGACUCCAGCAGACCUAAAGAGGUGCGUUGGGAGGCCCUGCAGGCUCUCUGCUGCGCUCCUCCGUCAGACGUUCUGAGCUGUGAGAGUUGGAGCAGCCUGCGCAGGAACCUCUGUGCAGCUCUGAGCGAGUCCGACCCCGACCUCAGCGAAAAUGUUCUUCAGUUCUUUGCUAAAAGUUUCUCUUCGUCUCCGCUGAACGUGACGAGGGAGAUCUACACCAGUCUGGCUCACAGUGUGGAGUCCAUGUUUCUGAAUCACAAGCUGAACUUUGCCGCCGGCGUCGACAUCAGCAGACCUGAGAUCAGCCGACCGCUCAAACAGAUUCGAUUGAUGAACGACUUUCAGAAGGAAGUGACGACGUUUUGGAUCCGACAUCCAGAGAAAUACAUGGAGGAAGUGAUAGAGAGCACUUUCUCUCUUCUCUCCUUCCAUCACGAGCGCGGCUCAUCGUCUCCUCGCUCUGAGAAGACUCUGGAGCCGGUUCACCUGCUGGCUCUGCUGGACGUUAAAGCCGCCUGGUUCAAGAAGUGGAUGCACGGCUUCUACAGCAGGACGGUUGUUCUCAGACUCCUGGAGAGAAAAUACAAGUCUGUGGUUGUAGCAGCUGUGCAGCAGUGUGUCCAUUACAGUGAAUCCUGUGAGCGAUUCACAGACGAGUCAGCUGAUCUGCAGCCGGCCGAGCGUCUGAUCACAGGCUCGGUUCAGAGGAGCGUUUACACCAGGAAGGAACUGGAAUACGCCUUCUUCGUCCACUCGCUGUGCGUUUUGGGGAAACUCCUCAUUUACACCAACGGGAGGAAACUGUUUCCCAUCAAAGUGAAGAAUCGCAAAGAUCCGGUGAGCCUCACAGAUCUGGUCGUCAUCCUCAUUAACAUCAUGUACCAACACCCUAAACCCCCGCACCACCACGCCCCGACGUCACACACAGAGUGUGUGUCUCCCAGCGGCCUGGUGAUGGAGCUGCUCUGGACUCUGUGUGAGAGGAACGACUCUGCUGCUGAGACUCUUCAUCACUCUGCUGUGAUUCAGACUCUGCUGGACCCAGUUAUAGCUCUGCUCCACCACCAGCAGGUCAGAUUAAACUCUCCGGCCGCCACGCUGACGCUGAUCGCUGACGUCCUCGCUCGCAUCGCUAACACAGACGGAGGAUUGUCUCUCUUCCUCUACGAGAAGAAUCUGCUGCUUCCUCACAGCGAGAGAAGCUCUGCGGCUCACGUCAUCGUGCAGUUCACCCUGAAGCUGCUGGACAAAGAUCUGAAGCUGCUGGAUAAAGAUCAGUCGUCUCUGUCUGAGUCUGCCGUCUGCCACUCUCUGUGCGGAGCGUUCAUCCUGGUCUGCAGACAGAUGUACAACACGUGUGAAGGUCUGCAGACGCUCCGACUGUACGGCCUGCACAAGGCUGCUGCUGCUGCCUGGAGGAAGACGAGUAGUUUGUCAGAGAGGAUCGUGACUCCGGUUCCUGAAGCCGACGCUGCAGCUUCCUCUGAGGAUCCUCAACACACGAUGGGAUGGGAUGGGACCUUGUUGGACAGCUUGUUGAACUUCUCAGUGACUCCUAAAGGUUUCCUGCUGCUGCAGCAGAGCGGAGCGAUGAACGAGUGCGUCUCCUACAUGUUCUCCCGCUUCACCAAAAAGCUGCAGGUGAGCCGCUGUGAGAAGUUCGGGUACGGUGUGAUGGUGACACAGCUGGCAGCGACGGCUCCUGGUGUAGCGGCUCUGCACAGAUCAGGUAUUUCCUUCCUGUCUCUGGUGAACCUGCUGUCCUCGUCUCAGUCGGUGUGGGAGCUGCUGGCUCGGCAGCCGUUAGCCAACAAGAGCGACUACACCCUGAGAGAGAUGCCCACCUCCAUCCCUGAUUUGAUUGACAGGCUGGUAGCGGUGAACGCAGACGUGAAGAUUCAUUCUCUGUUCCACUACGAGCAGUCGCACACGUUCGGCCUCAGGCUGCUCAGCGUGCUCUGCUGUAAUCUGGACUCCUUCCUGCUGUUGGAGAGUCAGUACAACAUCUGCUCCAUGCUGCUGCAGAGCCAGAGAGACAACAUGGCCGACGGGUCCUUCAUCAUAGACGGACUGUCAGUGGAGAGGAAUCACGUGUUGGUUCGUGUCGGUUUGGUCGGAGGUUCGUCUGAGAGGAAACUUCCUCCUCGAGCUCUGCAGCAGGGAGAGGAGCCGUUCCCCUGGCCGAUGUUCUCCAGCUUCCCUCCUCCUCUCUGCUACUCUCUGGAUCCAGUGAGGACCCAUCAUAACUCGCUGGAUCCUGAGAUGAGUUUGUUUCUGGCCUCGUUCAAAGACUCACAGAACGAAGCGAGCUGGAUGGAAGUCUGCAGGAGACACUACAGCAAAGUCCUGAGCAGCAAACCUCACAUCCUGACUGGGAGAGUGCUCGCUGACCUUCUGGAGAAAGUAGUGAACCUUCUCUCCAGCUCGGCCUCAGACUGCUUCUUCGGUCCGGCUCAGUACGGCUGCUUCCUGAAGCUGCUGACAGACGACGCUGCUGCUGAUCUGACGCUGCUCAUGAAACACAUGAAGAUGUUUCUGUCGACGCAGAGAGUUCAGACUUCUUCACAGCUCACCUCCCAUCAGGACGGGUAUCCGGGUCACGACUGGUUGACCUGCACCGUGUUCCUGCUGACGGGAGGAGACGUGCAGCAGUCUCUACGUCUGUUACUCGGCCUCUCGUCUCUGCUCACCUCCGCCUUCAUCUGGCCCGCAAGGAUCCAUUCCUCCGUUCAUGUUCCCGUUGAAGCAGCAGAGUCGGGGAUUCCUCCCGUCUACUGGUGCACGGCUCACUACGUGGAGCUGCUGCUGAAAGCUGAACUUCCUCUGGUCCAGUCUGCCUUCAGGAUGUCUGGAUUCACUCCGUCACAGAUGUGUCUCCACUGGCUGACUCAGUGUUUCUGGAACUAUCUGGACUGGACGGAGAUCUGUCAUUACGUCUCCACCUGUGUGCUGAUGGGACCGGACUACCAGGUCUACAUGUGUGUAGCUGUUCUUAAACACCUGCAGCCUGAAAUCCUGCAGCGCACCCAGGCUCAAGAGCUGCAGGUGUUCCUCAAGGAGGAGCCGAUCCAGGACUUUAAGGUGAGCAGGUAUCUGGACUUCAUGGAGGAUCUGGAGCGCAGCUACAGGAGCAUCGUUCUCUCGGACAUGAAAACCGUCUGUGACCCCGCAGACCGUCUACCGUCUGUGACCCCGUCUGUGACCCCGCAGACCGUCUGUGACCCGUCUGUGACCCCGCGGAGUGAAAACCGUCUGAGACCGUCUGUGACCCCGCAGAGUGAAAACCGUCUGUGA